AAACGAAACUGAAGGUUCAGAUCAACCGAAGCAACCGACCUGGAAGCUGUGCGCUCGUUCAGGAGAAAAAUAAAACGCAUUUUGAAACACGCUGACGGACAGAAACAGCAUCAAGGAUGGCCUCUGCUGACACCUCCUGGCCUGAAGAGAACUUUACAUGUUCCAUCUGUCUGGAUGUGUUCAGCAGCCCAGUUUCCACACCAUGUGGACACAACUUCUGCAGAACCUGUAUUACUAAGUUCUGGGAUGGACAAGUCAAGUACAAAUGUCCCGUUUGCAACAAGCUUUUCAACACAAGACCUGAUUUACGGGUCAAUAUCCUAAUUUCAGAGAUGGUUGAUCGGUUUGGAACGUCCCUACGAGUAAAAGAGCAGCUUUGUGUUGAACCAGGAGAAGUUCCCUGUGACGUCUGUACUGGGACCCAGCUGAAGGCCGUGAAGUCCUGCCUAAUGUGUCUUACCUCUUACUGCCAAACCCACCUGGAGCCACACCAUAGAGUCGCAGGCCUGAAGAAACAUCGGCUGGUCGAGCCUAUGGACCGUCUGGACGACAGGAUGUGUAAGAAACACGACCGACUUCUGGAGCUCUUCUGCCAGACUGAACAGGUGUGUGUGUGUCAGUUCUGCACAGUGACGGACCACAAGUCACAUCCUGUUAUUCCUCUAAAGGAGGAAUAUGAAGUGAAGACGGCUCAGCUGGGGAAGAUAGAGGCUGAAGUUAAACAGUUGAUCCAGGAGAGACAAAAGAAUAUUCAGGAGAUUAAAGACACAGUCAAACGCAGCAAAGCAGACGCAGACAGAGAGAUAGCCGAUGGUGUGCAGGUCCUCACUGCUCUGAUGCGCUGCAUUGAAAAGUGCCAGGAUGAUCUCAACCAAAUGGUUAAAGAGAAACUGAAAUCCACAGAGAAACAAGCUGAAGACCUCAUCAAAGAGCUGGAGCAGGAAAUAGAAGAUCUGACCAAUAGAAUCUCAGAGGUGAAGCAGCUCUCACACACUAAAGACCACCUCCACUUCCUCCAGGCCUUCAGAUCCCUGAAGGAUCCUCCACCCACCAGGGACUGGACCACGGUGGAGGUCCAUCCUCCGUCAUACGUAGGGACCUUGAGGAGAUCCCUGGAUCAGCUGGAGGAGACGCUGAACAUGGAGAUGAAGAGGCUGCGUGAUGAUGCUGAACUGAAGAGGGUCCAGCAGUAUGAAGUAGAUGUGACUCUGGAUCCUGAUAUAGCUCAUCCCAAGCUCAUCCUGUCUGAGGAUGGGAAACGAGUACAUAAUGGAGGUGUAGAGAAGAGACUCCCAGACAACCCUAAGAGAUUUACACGGUAUGCAUGUGUUCUCACGAGGCAGAGCUUCUCCUCAGGGAGAUUUUACUUUGAGGUCCAGGUUAAAGACAAGACUCUCUGGUCUUUAGGAGUGGCCAGAGAGUCCAUCGACAGAAAAGAUUGGACAGAUCGGACCCCUGAGACGGGUUACUGGACUCUUUACUACUACCAGGAUGAGUUGGUAUUUAGAGAUAACCGUUCUGUCCUUCUCCCUCUGAGAGCUGAGCUCCAGAAGGUGGGGGUGUUUGUUGAUUAUGAUGAGGGUCUGGUCUCCUUCUAUGAUGUGGAAGCCAGGGUUCAUAUCUACUCUGCUACUGGCUGCACCUUCAGUGAGCCUCUCUAUCCAUUCCUUUACCCAGGUUCCCCUGAUUAUAAAGGUAACAACUCUGCCCCCCUGAUCAUCUCACCUGUCAAUCAAACAGACUAGGACCUUUGUUUGGUGAUAAAAUAAUCAAACAACCAAAACAACUAAUGUUGUUUCCUGAAUUAGAAUCUCUGCUAUGGGAGGUCUGAGAGAACUGUAUUCAUAUCUUACUUUUCACUGUCAUCUAAGGAAUAAUUCAUUCAGCCACUAACACUGUACUAUAAAAAAUAUAACCCAUUAUAACCUAUAAGACUACGCUAUAAUGUUCAAAGUCUUUUAUCUGAAUGUUUUUUUAUAUUUUUAAUUAAUGAAAAAAGAAAUGUAUCAGAUAAUGUGAAGCAUUGAUUUUUAUUACAUUAUCAUAGGUUGAUUUCACCAAAUGGUAAUAUGUGUUUAUUAUUUUUUGAAUCAUGUUUGACAACACAAUACAAUGUUUGUAAACUUUUGAGAUUUGAAUAGAAAUGUACUAAAAGUAGAAUGGGGACAUCUUCUGUGUGAUAGUUACAUUCUCAGUACAAUAUGUAUUCAGUGGAAUAGGUACAUUCUCAGUACAAUAUGUAUUCAGUGGAAUAGGUACAUUCUCAGUACGAUAUAUAUUCAGUGGAAUAGGUACAUUCUCAGUACAAUAUAUAUUCAGUGGAAUAGGUACAUUCCCAGUACAAUAUGUAUUCAGUGGAAUAGGUACAUUCUCAGUACAUAAUAUUUUCAGUGGAAUAGGUACAUUCUCAGGACAAUAUGUAUUCAGUAGAAAAGGUACAUUCUCAGUAUCUAUUCAGUGGAAUAGGUACAUUCUCAGUACAAUAUAUAUUCAGUUGAAUAGGUACAUUCUCAGUACAAUAUGUAUUCAGUAGAAUAGAUACAUUAUCAGAACAAUGUGUUCAUUGGAAUAUGUACAUUAUCAGUACAAUAUGUAUUCAGUGGAGUAGGUACAUUCUCAGUAUGUAUUCAGUGGAAUAGGUACAAUCUCAGUACAAUAUGUAUUCAGUGGAAUAGGUACAUUCUCAGAGGAAUAGGUACAAUCUCAGUAAAAUGUGUAUUCAAUAGAAUAGGUACUUUAUCAUUGGGAUAAAACAAAAACAACUAUGUU